AACUGACUAUGUAUCUCUUUUUUUUUUUACUUGAGCGCGCAUUCCCACAAGAAGCAUACACAUAUUUACUUUAUUUUAGCAUAUGACGGGUUUUUUCGAGUUGGCGACACUGCCGAGCACGGGGAUGGCAAAGCACAGGAGCGUAUGCGCGGGAAGUCAUGGGUGCAGCAACUUUGACGCAGCCCAGCGGACCGAUAGGUUAUGGUAGACGAAUCAGGAUCAGGUUGGAAAAACCUGCCGACGCGCGUACGCCUAUCGGUAAAUCUCGAUGCCAUGAGGAUUACAUACCAUGCAUUACAACGGUGUACGAUGAUACCGCAAAAUGCAACGUCGACGUCGGUCUUGAGCUAAAACGGAAUAUGGAUAAUUGUCUACGAUUGAUCGUCUACAGGGGCAACACGAUUUUCGACAAUGUCGUUGUUGAGUCAGAGUGUGAGCACGAGCGGACCGGUAGGAAUAGUCAGCGGGAAAUUGGCACGUCCGCACGGGACGAGGAGGAUACGUGUAACAAGUGCACAGCGAACGCGACUCGUUUGUGCACGAGGGGUCUAUCCUCCUACCUCGUCUCGGCUUACAUUGUAACGCUGUUAGAUUCCCACGUUUACCGCAAUAGUGCUCUGAAAGCACUGUUCAGAUGGUUGCAUGAUAGGAAAUAUGUACAGAUUGUAUUCAUAAGAUUGAGGACGCCGAGGAGGCAGUUCUUGGAUUACAAAUGGAACGACAAAUUAAUGCAGAUGGUCCUGGAGAGGCAAGAAGCCGAUCACGCUAUGUCUUGGUUAUCCACCUUAGGAGGAGCGUUCUCCGCAUUGGGUGAAGAAUUCGAACACUGCGCUGAAAUGGCAGGCAAGAUUUCAACGAGGCAGUUCGAACUGGCAUUGCGCCUUGGUAAUCCACUCCUUGUCGCUCGUUGCAAAUUGUAUUCCGCCCUGAGUUUGAUCCAACGUGGCCACUUCAGGGCUCCACAGUGCACGAUCAAAAGAAUCCACAAAUUCGCGCUCAAGGAGAAGGACGAACGUCUGCAGAACAUGUGCCAUGGCAUAUGGGCCAAGUUGCAAUACUGUUACAAGCAAUACAAGCAGCAGAAGAAACUUUUGUCGUCCGGAGCCUCACGUAUAUCGUCGAUAGUUUAGAACGUUUAACAUUUGUAUGAAAGAUACGCUUUUGUAACGGUACGGUUGAUAAUAUAGGAAUUGUUUUUUUGGAA